AGAGGGGCCGCGGCGCGGGGUGCGCGCGCAUGCGAGUGGACGCCGGGGCCUAGAGGGGCCGCGGCGCGGGGUGCGCGCGCAUGCGAGUGGACGCCGGGGCCUAGAGGGGCCGCGCCUCUGCCUGAGGCGGAGCCGGGCUUGCGAGCGCGCAGGGCGGGAGGCGGCGGCGGCGGCGGCGGCGGGUGCCGGCAUGGCGGCGGCCCAGCGGUCCCGGGUCCUCCGGUGCUGCCGCUGCCGACUCUUCCAGGCCCACCAGGUGAAAAAGAGUCUGAAGUGGACGUGCAAGGCUUGUGGAGAGAAGCAGUCCCUCCUGCGGACCUACGGUGAGGGCUCCGGUGCUGACUGCAGACGCCAUGUCCAGAAGUUAAACCUGCUGCAGGGACAGGCUUCCGAGCCGCCACUCAGGUGUCUGAAGGCUGCCAGUGAAGAUGCGGGCGAGCCACAGGAAGAGAACACCGGUCUGCCGCACUGUGCUGGCCUGCUAGGAAUGGAGCUACAAGGCAGCAGCUUCUGGAGCUCCGCACACUGCCACACCGGGGAGCUUGGGGGUCCUCGGUGGAAACCAGGUCCUGCAUCCUACGGCAAGGCUCCAUCUUCUAAAUGGGCACGGUUUCUCUCAUCACCUGGAAACAGCUCACAUGUGGACACAGAGCCAACAAGACCACUCCUGCAGGGCCCCAGAUCAGCUGGUCUGGCACAAGCCGAGCAAGGGAGCCCUGAGACUGAGACCUCAAGAAAAGUUUGCUCAAGCUGGCCCCUCACCACCGUCCAGCUUCCCGAGGCCACAUGCAGCCCAGAGAGGCCCAUCAAGAAGAGCCCCAAGGGAUCGUGGGACAUAGCUACUCCUCGGCUGGACGCAAAGCCUUUGGCCCAAGAGACACAGACGGCCCUGUCAGUGAGCCUGUGCAACCUCUUUACAACCGGGGAGGACUUUGAUGAUGACCUGUGAACUGAGAGCCUUCUGAUAUCAGAGCUAGUGAUGACAGCUGUAAAAGUAAGAGCUUGAGUCCACAACACACAAUUAUUAAACGUCUCACUCACUACAACCAGUAAGGACAGCAACAUUGAUUAAAGUGUUUAACCUAA